GACGUUCCUGGCGGGAGGGACGCGGUUCUACUCUGAAGUGCGGGGUCACUCGUUUGGGUACUUCGUGCGCAGCGCCUCCGCCCCACCCCUCCGUCUGUCACUCGGACCCGGGACUCGGCCGCUCGGAUAGGAAAAGACGGAGACAUCAUGACGCUGCGCGCGACCCAGUUCAGCCCGCUUUCCCUGCCGACGGGACUCGCGAGGGCGCUCGCGCCGCUGUGCGCGCGCUGGUUCUCCAGCGCCACGCGAGAGGAGGACCGAGUGGAGCGCCGCCUGGAGGCGCGUGCAGCGUCCGCGCAGGUGGGGGCGCGGAGGCGAAUCCCGGACGAAGCCCCGCCUUUCUCGGCCUUCCUGACGGACACCUUCGGACGGAGACACCGCUACCUGCGCAUCUCGCUCACCGAGAAGUGCAACCUGAGAUGCCAGUACUGCAUGCCGGAGGACGGCGUGAAGUUGACCCCACGCGGUCAGCUGCUGACCACGGAGGAGGUGCUGACCCUCGCGCGGCUCUUCGUCAGCGAGGGGGUGCAGAAGAUCCGGCUCACGGGGGGAGAGCCGCUCAUCCGGCCCGACAUCCUGGACAUAGUUGCCGAGCUGCGGAAGCUGGAGGGUCUGAAGACCAUCGCCGUGACGACCAACGGCGUGAACCUGGCGCGGCUGCUUCCGGGCCUAAAGAGAGCGGGUCUGGACCUGCUCAACGUGAGCCUGGACUCGCUGGUGCCCUCCAGGUUCGAGUUCAUCGUGAGGCGCAAAGGGUUCCACAAGGUGAUGGAGGGCAUCGAGAAGGCUAUCGAGAUGGGCUACAACCCCGUCAAGGUGAACUGCGUGGUGAUGCGGGGCCUCAACGAGGACGAGCUGCUCGACUUUGUGGCCCUGACGGAGAAGAAGCCCCUGGAGGUGCGCUUCAUCGAGUACAUGCCCUUCGAUGGGAACAAGUGGAACUUCAAGAAGAUGGUGAGCUACCAGGAGAUGCUGGACCGGAUCCGACAGCAGUGGCCCGGCCUGGAACCUGUGCCCGGAGAAGAGGCGGACACGGCCAAGACUUUCAAGGUUCCUGGCUUCCGAGGUCAGGUGGGCUUCAUCACCUCCAUGUCCGAUCACUUCUGCGGCUCCUGCAACCGGCUGCGCGUCACCGCAGACGGCAACCUCAAGGUGUGUCUCUUCGGCAACGCGGAGGUGUCUCUCAGAGACUGUCUGCGCUCGGGGGCCACGGACGAGGAGCUCCUGCAGAUCAUCGGGGCCGCGGUGGGCAGGAAGAAGAAGCAGCAUGCAGGGAUGUUCAGCAUCUCCCAGAUGAAGAAUCGGCCCAUGAUCCUGAUUGGUGGCGCACUGCGGAGGGUCCCGAUGUCCCCCGGGCCCUCCGUCCCCGCAAACCCCCUUCCGUCCCCUGUGGUGCUCCCCGAACCCGUUUCCCUGGAAUGGCACCGUCUCUGCAAGAUAGACACACAGUGCCUUACGAGCGGCGAGGCUCUCGCUGGGGCUACGAGAAGUUCCGGCUCUCGCGUCUCUGGCGAUCCGUCCCCUCCCCCGAGGGAGCUCCCCGGACACAUGAAUCCUGGAGGAUUCUGGGAUUGUACCAUGUUGAAUUUCGAAUCACGCACAAAAAAGCCUUCUGAGCUUCUCAGGUACAGCACUAGUCGUGGUCGCAGCUUGGGGGCGCCGCUCCGCCAUCUCGGCAGACCCUUUUGCGCAAACCUGCGGAACACCAAAGACGGUCUCCCGCUCCGGCACGCGUCGAGGAGGGCGUGCGGACACGCCUCGGACCCGCCUGACCAGCUCACCCACACGGACCCCCAGGGCCGCGCCCGCAUGGUGGAUGUGGGCGGGAAGCCGGUGACCCGGCGGACGGCGGCGGCUCGCGCCACGGUGCGCCUCACACCCAAGGCCUUCCACCUGGUGAGGGAGAACCAGCUGGCGAAGGGCGAUGCGCUGUCCGUGGCGCAGAUCGCGGGCAUCAUGGCUGCCAAGCAGACGAGUGUCCUCAUCCCGCUCUGCCACCCGCUGCCGCUAGACAACGUUCAUGUCGCCUUGGAGCUGGUUGAGUUGGACUGCACGGCUGUCGUCACGGCGACCUGCCGCACCACAGGUCGCACGGGAGUCGAGAUGGAGGCGCUGACGGCCGCCGCCGUGGCUGCGCUCGCGCUCUAUGACAUGUGCAAGGCGGUCAGCCACGACAUCAUCAUUUCAGACAUAAAGCUGGUCAGCAAGACGGGCGGCCAGAGGGGAGACUACCACCGCGAGCCCUGAGCCCCGACCUCCUCCUCGGUCGCCUCGCACAAACCACCCCCCGUUCGCAGGUCACAGGUCCUGUCCUUCCAGUCCGCCAACUGCUGGCUAGCUGUCUAGCUAUUUAUCCAGCAUGCCAGAUGGUGUGUGCCGCAGAUUGCUCGAUGACCCCGGUAGCUCGCACAGUACUGAUCCAGGUAUUAAUGAGGUUGUGUGUCACAGCCUCAUCCGCUGGGUCACGCAAAGCGUAUUAAUGUGGGAUGGGCUUACGGCAGGCAUUCGCCUGCUAUUCGUGAAGCUGUUUACACUGUGAGUGUCCCUAGUGGCCAAAGCCAGUACUGCACCUCGAUUACUCGCAUCGCGUACAGGAUGAUUCUCUGGACGCUCCCGUCGCACUGCUGUUCAAACGUGCGCAGGUAUAACGGAUGUGACACGGAUGUUUGGAAACAUCUGACCUGUUCACGUUUGCGUUUAUUCAUUUAUCUGAUGCUUUUCUUCAAAUUAUUUGCGAUAUUAAGCUACUUACC